AUGAGCGUCCGACAAGCGCCAACGUAUCAACAGGGCGCGCCCGAGCGAUCGAUCGACGACGAUUCCGAUGUUGAAGAGGAGGCGCUCGCGAAUGACUACCGCGAGCAGGUCGGAUAUGAAGCUGGGGAGAACUACGAUCUCGACCGCUCCGUGUCGUUAGGAGGAGGCACACAGGAUUUGCAGGCACAAUUGUCCGCGGCUGCGACGCCGCUGGAGUACGGUGCAUCGAUCGAGGCCAAGAUUCAGAGCUACGACAGCUACUGCAAUCUUUUCCACUUCAUCCUGAACAGUGACGGACCCGUCGAUAUCGAAGUGCCAUCGGUAAGAGAUGUCACAGUGGAGUGGAACGAGCCCGUACUAAUUCAUACGUGAAGUAUUACUGGGCAUGGGAUGUUAUCGACGAGUUCAUAUACCAGUUCAACUCCUUCUGCGCCUACCGCCAAAAGGCCGCCUUCACACUGGACCAGCCCAACGCGAACAUCAGCAGCGAGGACGUCCAGGUACUCCGCGACAGUCCCCAGGUAUGGGGAUGCUACUCUGUCCUGAACGUACUCUAUUCUCUCAUCCAGAGAUCGCAAAUCAGCGAACAACUUGCGGCACGCAAGAGAGGCGAGGAUCCAGCACCGUACGCCGGCGAAUAUGGCAGCCGAAGCCUCUAUCAGAUGCUCGGAUACUUCUCCAUAAUCGGCUUGCUGAGAGUGCACUGCCUGCUUGGCGACUUCAGUCUUGCACUGAAGACCCUGGACGACAUCGAGUUGAACAAGAAGGCCAUGUUCGCCCGUGUCAUGGCUGCCAACUUCACCACCUACUACUACAUCGGAUUCUCGUACAUGAUGAUGCACCGCUAUGCCGAUGCUCUCCGAGCGUUCAACCACAUCUUGAUCUACGUCUCACGGACGAAGAACUUCCAGAAGGGUGCACAGUACGACAGCAUCAGCAAGAAGAACGACCAGAUGUACGCCUUGGUGGCUAUCUGUGUAGCUUUCUACCCUACCCGUCUUGACGACACCAUCCACACCGCCCUUCGUGAGAAGUAUGGCGAGCAACUCACUCGCAUGCAGCGCGGCGGCCCAGAGGCUCUUCCAAUCUUUGAGGAGCUGUUCCGCACUGCCUGUCCGAAGUUCAUCUCUCCUACCCCACCGGACUUCGAGAACCCACACCUGAACCCAGACCCAAUCGAGCACCACCUGACGGUCUUCAUGAACGAGGUCAAGAACAACAUCUUCACUCCCACCGUUCGCAGCUACCUCAAGCUCUACACUACCAUGGACCUGACCAAGCUUGCUGGAUUCCUGGAGGUUGAUGCCGACACUCUACGCAGCUGGCUCCUUGUCAACAAGCAGCGCAGCCGGCAGGUGAGACAUUCCGAUGGUGGACUGCUUGAGGGUGAUGUCGUCAACUCAAACGACCUCGACUACGCCAUGGAAGGAGAUCUCAUCCACGUCUCGGAGGCGAAGGUUGGCAGGAGAUUGGUGGACUGGUACCUGAGAAACCUAGCGCGGACCUACUAG